AUGCCUUUCAUGCACUCAAAAGGUGCUACUACGCUCGGUCAUACUUUCCGAGGUAGAAACUUUGAUCAGACGAUCAUCACAGUAAAAGUCGGCGGAAAAGACUACGCCGAGUCUUUCAGCUGCCACCGCGAACUUCUCCGACGAUGCUCCCCAUACUUCAACACAUGCCUAGAAGAGAAGAGCAACUCGCCCUACGAGAAGUCGGGAACCACGCUAGACCUCGACGACACAACCCCUGACGUGUUUGACGCGUUCAUGCUAUGGUUAUACACAGGCUUCAUACCACACCAUCUCAUCGAGGGAGGGAAGGAAGUCCACCCACCGACUCAUGCAGUCAGUGUCAAUGGCGGUGACAGUUCGAGCACCACCGGUCAGGAGGAGGGCGAUGAUGUGGAUACUGCGUCUUGGGGCAUUGCUCUAGAGACCGACGACACGGAAGCGGACGCCCCACCGGCCAACGCUGCAGCAGCAAGCAGCCCUGCACCCAGUGCAGAGAAAGUCCCUGGCGAUGCUGAGCCCGAAAAGGCUGCCGUAGUACCGCCUCCACGAAACCCAGCUGAGAAGCCCGAAAUACCCAAAGAGACGCUGUGCCCAUGCUGCUCAAGACCAUACAAGUGGAGAGGGCUGGAAGGCUUCUUAGAGCGCCGGUUCAUAUCACUCUACGUCUUCGCACACCGCUACGCCAUCCCGAAGCUACGUCGCGCCGUGAUCUUAGCGUGGCAAACGAACGACGAGAUCCUACAAGUCAUGCCCGACCACAGCAACGUCAUCGCCGCCUACGAGAGCCUACCACCAGACGCACCGCUGUGCCGAUACUUCCUCGAUAUGUACUCGGUGUACUGGAACCCCGACCGCGACGACGAGCGCACGAUUGCCCUGCGAAGUCAGCUUCCGCAAGCUUUCUUAUUCGAGCUGGUAACAAUGUUGGCGAGGGGAGAGAGGCCAAAGAUGGAGAAGGAAUGGUGCGAGUUCCAUGAGCACGAGAGUGAGGAAGAGAAGAAGGCUUGCUUGGAUGACUUGGCCAAGGAUCCUGUUGCGAGCAAAGCGCUCAGGCGGAUCAAGGAUAGUAAGGGCUGGAAGGGACUGGUGCUCAAGAAGGGAAAGAGAUGA